AUGUCUGUGUUUGUAGCCGAUGUGAAUAACGCGAACGGCCCCGAUAUUGUUGUCGCAAAUUGGGGUACAGACAACGUUGGUGUUUUACUGAAUAAUGGUGCUGGCACAUUUGCUGCUCAAAUACUCUAUGCAACUACCGCUGGCUCAAAACCCAUGUCUGUUGGUACCAACAACGUUGGUGUUUUACUGAAUAAUGGUGCUGGCGCAUUUGGUGCUGAACAGAUCUAUGGAACUCUCGCUAACUCGGCGCCGUCGUCGGUGGUAGCAGCCGACGUGGAUGGUGACGGAGACUUCGAUAUUGGUGUUGCGAAUAGUGGUACAAACAACGUUGGUGUUUUACUGAAUCCUGGUAAUGGCGUAUUUCCUGCUCUUCAGACAGUCUAUGAAACUCUCGCUGGCUCAGCACCGUCGUCUGUAAAAGCAGCCGACGUGAAUGGUGACGGCAAAAUUGAUAUGGUUGUCGCAGAUAAAAAUACAAACAACUUUGGUGUUGUACUGGGCAACGGUGAUGGGACAUUUGCUGCUGCUCAAGUGACCUAUGCAACGGGCACUGGCUCAGCACCGGUGUCUCUGGUAGCAGCCGACCUAAAUCUCGAUGGUAGCAACGAUGUUGCUGUCGCAAAUAGCGGUACAAACACAGUUGGUGUUUUCAGAGCUGUUUGCCAAUAA